AUGUCGAAAUCAAGUUAUUUACAUCAUUCGUCAUCUCGUCGUUCACGAUCUCGUUCACAUCAUUCUUCUUCUCAUCGUUCACAUCAUUCUUCAUCUCGUCGUUCACCAUCGCAUCAACAACAUCGUUCACAGUAUUCGACAACUAAUAGUAAUCAGGUACAGCAAUCCCAACAUUAUUCUUCACCAAAAACAACGAGUAAAUCGAAUCAAAUUGGUCAACCACAUGCAAAAUAUUCAACAUUUAAUGUUCACUCGUCAGAUUAUGAAAUUGUAUUUAUCAAUAAUGAAACAUCAUCGAAUACAAUAAACAAAUUAUUGAAUCAUGUCAAUUUAUGCAAACAAUAUUCGAUUGAUACGGAAUCUGAAAGAGCAAAUAAUCAAUUAUCAUUAAUACAAAUGAACUCAAUACCAAUUGCACCACCAUCGAUUGUAAUGUUAUUCGAGUUGAAGCAUUUGCCCGAUCGAAAUUCACAAAAGUAUGCAAAUAUUCUUCAAUUGUUUCAAAUAAUUUUUAGAUCAGGCAACGAAAUUUAUUCUUGGGGCAAUAUGCAAUUGGAACUUGAACCAGCAAAAGAAUUUCUUGUUUUACCAAUUGCAGCAAUGUUAAUCGAUAUUCAACCACAUUUCUCAACGUGGUAUACAUGGGCACGGACCCAGUGCUGGGUCCAGCGCCUGUCUUAUCGAAAUGAUAAGAUUAAUGAUAAUGAACAUAUCCAACAACAUAAUCAACAUCUAUCAUGUGAUUGUCAUCCACCAUCACCAUACAAAAUUAAUGAACUCUGGUCUCUUCAGAAUUCAAUUAAGUAUGCAUGUAAUUUAUUUUUAGACAAAUCGUGCCGAUUAAGUCAUUGGUCAUCAAGUUUAACAUCACGUCAUUCAUCGUUAUCACAUGUUACUCGUACGAAUAUGAUUCAUUACGCUACACAUGAUGUUAUGGCUGUUACAUUGUUAAUACGGCCUAUUACUGAACGAUGGACCUUUGAACAAAUUAAACUUCGGAAAAUGAAUCAAAUGUUUGUCGCAUUUGAUUCAAUUAAACUUCCACCAUUACCAACAUCAAAAAAUAAAAAAAUUAAGAACAUCAACAUGCAAACAUUAAAUACAAUAUUACGAUGUAAUGAUCCAGACGUAGAGGAUAUUUCAUCCGAUGAUGAAAUAUAUUUUAAUCAACUGGUUCAAUGUAAUGAUGUUGUUCAUGUACCGGUUAACAAUGAUGCAUUACAUGGUGAUGACUUACUCGUUAACAACCAUUAUAUGGUUGUUGAUGUCACUGAUGAUGAAGCAACAGCACCACCGGCAAUAUGUAGAAAACAUCAACAUCGAUCUGAUGCAGCACGACAACGACGAAAUCGAAAACGUAACUAUAUACAUCGGUUACAUCGAUAUUUUCAUAUUUUAGUUCGUCGCGUUUACCAUCGAUUCAUCAUGUCGUCAAUAAAAAAAAUUCUUCGCCAACAUCAUAUGUCCUAUCGGCAUAUAAAAAUCGUCGGCUCGUCAUUAAUUAUUGGCGUCAAAAAUUCAACGCUCCAACAAGAAUUUGAUCGAUCUUUACGUCACGAUUUAUUCGAUCGUACACAUUAUUUUCAUUAUCGUCGUCGUCAUCAAUCUCGUCAUCAUCAUCAUCAUCAUCAUCAACAUCAUUGA